CUUUUUCACGCGACGCGUCUUUUCAUUUAUACAUCGUUCGUUAUUCGUUUUUUUUUAUCAACACGUGAAAACAAAAACCUCGGCUUUAACAAAUCCCGUUUUGUAUAUAAUGAACAGCAAUCUGCUGCUUUCACGCCACAGUUUGCUGUACUCCUCACAGCUGUUUGUAUUUUUCAAUUCUGGUUUUGCCGGAUUUCGCUCGUCUUACAAUCCAUUGAUUGCUCGAAACUUGUUCACGAUGACUAUAAAAAAAUGGCCCGUAGUCGGUAAGGCACACAGACUCGCUGUUCGUGCCAUCCACAUUCCUUUCCACGUCAUCCAUAUGCCUGGACGUGCUGCUCAUGCAGUAAUUACACCGGCUCAGCACAAGGAAUACCAGCAGCCUAACAUGCCGGCUGAUUACACGGAGCAGACGCAGCAAUUGCAGCCCGGUCAGGUUCAGGACCAAGCUCAGGUUCAGACUCAGACUCAGACUCGACCAGAGCAGCAAUUGCGGGUCCAGCCAGAAGGACAGCCAGAAGUGCACUUGGACAGUAGACCAGAGUUGAAGCAAGAGUUGAAGUCAGAGGGACAACUAGAUGGUCAACUUGAUGGUCAAUUAGAGGGUCAAGCAUAUGCUCAAUCGCAAGUCCAGUCACAAUCACAAUUAGAACAGCAGCAGCGUGAGUACCAUGUUCAGCCGGCUGUUAAGAGACGCUGUGCUCAUUGCUACGUCGUGAGACGUGACGGUGUUCUGUACAUCCAGUGUACGAAGAAUCCUAGUCACAAGGCCCGUCAAGGAUAAAUAUAUAUUUCUUACUUGGAGCAUCGGUCAUUGUUUUUUUUGCGCUAACAGGAGCAAUUGGACUCUUUUCAACAUUUUUGCACAUCUGUUUUGACCGUAUACUGUUAUAACAGUGGUUUCAAGAGCUUUUAUAGUCUCGGAUGGACGAAGAACUGUAUGUUAAGUAUCAAAGUGGAAACCUUGCGAACGGGACUUUUAGAAGCUGGACGUGACUUACUCGAAUCCUUCAUGUGCUCAUGCUCAAUUACUAAAGUUUUAUUUCUUACGGAUGCAACUGGUUGCAUCACCUGUGUUUUACUAAUGCCAUUGUUGUCUUCAUGGUUUUUAUCACCCGUUCUCUCUUUUUCUUCGAAACCUUCCUUCAGCUCUUCCACGGCUUUUUAAUUCACUGGGGUUGUU